ACCACAUCAAAGGGACCCCCCACCAUUGAAGGGACUCUCCACAACACUAUAAGACUCCCCUCACCAAGGUCCACCACGAUCCUACUCGACCCCAAGACCUCCUUUUCAAUCCUUCAAGAGAUCGUAUAGGACUCCUCUGCUCUGUCAUCAUCCCAAGGCUUCCACGACAUCCAGACGCCCCAUAGUCCCAUCCCAGAGCCCAGGACGUCUUAAAGAGCAUCCGGGAGGAGGAGGAGGAGGAGGAGGAGGAGGAGGGGCAGGGCAAGAAUCAUGGUGGCGUUGAGGGGAUACAGGUCUUCAGCCACUACAGGAGGGAACUAGACCACACCGCCACCAGCUGAGGCAACUAGAGUGGUCGUCGUCCUCGCCUUCGCCUUCGUCAGGAUGCGAUUGUUCAGGCGGCGCAGCAGUGACCCUGCCCCACGCCUCGUCUCCCUCUCCCCCCUCAGGACUGACCCCGUGUACGGCGACACCACCUCCUAUAGCGACGCUCCUCCGGUGUGUGCCGCGCGCCCCCCAGCACCCACACCCCUGUCCCAGGACGAUGGCGAGGAGGAAGACGUGUACUCCACGGUGGACGGAGACGAUGAAGAAGAGGACGUGGAGGAGGCGAUCUACUCCACCCUGGACGAGGUGCGGGGAGGCCCUCAGGUGAUCUACUCCAGCGGCAGCAUCAGCAGCUCGGCCGGCGUCGUCACCAGCUACUACACCGCUGUGCCUGCCCUGGUGGUGGAGGAGGUGGUGGCUGGUCGAGCACAGGCCCCCGACACGCCCUCUACCGCUGCCAAGAAGGGGUUCUCAACAUGGGGGAAGAAGAUGGGCAAGAAGCUGGAGCAGCUGACGCGAGGUGAAAGCAAGGAGCACAUCCACUUCCCCCUGGGGUCCACCCGCACCCGCCGGAGGAACUGGCGACCCAACAAAGAUGCAGAGACGCUACCGGCGGCGGCGACGAAAGAUGCAAAACCUGCGCCCCGUCAACCACGCAGGGCCAAGGUGGAUCGCGUCGAGAGUAUCCGUAACCUUUUCCGUCGCUCUCGUAGUUGGGAUUCCGCGAAGGACUUAGAGGACCUACCGGCAGCGAGGGUCACUAACACCUCUGACUCGAGUGCUGACGGUGCUAAGGGUCUCGCUGACGACCCUGACAAUGUGUACGAGUCACUCAAAGACGUUGAUAACGAGCCAGUGGGCAUGAAGCAUUCGGUGUUGUUUAGAAGUGCUUCCACGUCCCACCUGCCGAGUUGUGACGUGAGCGUGGAGGUAGAGAGUGAGAGCCGGGUGGAGGGCACGGCGGAGGGCGGAGAAGAACUCGGGGAAGGCGAGUGUGAGGGAAAGACGAAUGAGAGUGAUAAGUCAACCAAGAAAGGUCAAUUUCCGUACGCAUUCCUUAGAUCCAGACUGACCUCGGUCGCGGAGGAACAAGCGACCGCCAGGGAUGAGUGUGGUGACAGCGGGCGCGGGACUGGCAGCCAUUGCGGCAGCAUCUCUGACGUGAGAACCUCUUACUCGGAGACAUCCGACUCUAAGUCUUCGUUUUCGGAAAAUUCCGACACAAAGUCGUCUUGCUCAGACUCGUCAGAUAAUAAAUGGGUUCGUGAAGAGGAGGAAGAGGAUGGGGAAGAUACAGUGAGGGGUGAGGAAGGGGGGAGUGCUAGGGUCAGCAGGGGGGAAGCAGGAGACACCAAGUCUUCAGCUAGGGACGUCGUCUCGCCCAUCCCCGCGCCCACUGGCUUCGGUGAUGGGGAUUUUGUAGUGACUGUGCGCGUGCAGGGGACGGCGGGGGAAGACGCCCGCAGCUCCACCGUUUACAUCCAGCGAGAGGCUAGUGAGGGCUGCGGUGACCACGUCUCCAGGAAGAGCAAACCUCUCAAACAGACCACAGAGAGUAAAUUAGGCGGCUCUGUAAAGGGUGUCGGGAGUCUACCUCUGCUGACGGAUGAGGAGAAACUUCGGGCGAGGAAGGGUGAAUGUUGUCACCACUGCCACCGCUGCAGUGACCACCUGCAGCCACAGGAGGGAUCGCUGCCACCAGUCAAGUGGCGCCCGCGGUCCCAACCUCGCCUCCACACCCGCAUGAGCUACCCGGCCUCCUCCAGUUCUGUCGACACCCUAUACGAAGUCAUCUACCCUGAGGACGCUUACCCGAAACGCGCCUCCCUCGACCUAGACCGUCUGGACCGGUUGGACAGACUGAAUCGGUUAGAACGGUUUGAUCGGCUGGCACGAGAUGACAGAGUCAUAGACAACGUGUUAGAGACCAGACGUCGGUACUCCCGGUCCGCCUCUUUGGAUCGUGCAGAGUCGUGGCGGUGGCGGGACUCCGUCGUGACUGAAGACUGCGACACCGACUCCGUGUACAGCGAGACUGGGUACCGACGACGGGCGCCCAGUUUACCCCGACCGACGCCCACACCCGCCUCACUACCACAGCCGCCACUAACCAACAAGAGCUUCAGGCUGGUGCGGCUGGUGAAGGAGGACGCUGACGAGGGCUUGGGACUCUACAUAUCAGGCCAAAGGACGCUGGGCUACGUCAUCGCUCACAUCCUGCCAGGGGGCCUCACCGACAGGGAUGGUCGGUUGCGUGUCGGGGAUGAGAUUAUAAAUGUUAACGGAAGGCGGCUACGAGGUGUGACUCUGGAGGAAGCACGUCAUAUCCUUCGCCACACACCAUCUGAGGUUGAUGUUGUAGUGGCACGGGAGCCAGACACCCCCGCACACGAGUCCCUCUAUUCAGACUUUGACGUGGCAUCGAUGACGAGUGGACGGGUUGACUCACGAGUGGAGACUCGAGUAGACUCCCGUGUAGAUAGCACAUAUGAAGAGGAAGAGGCAUCCUUAGAUGUCCGCCACCAUGCCUAUCAUAAGAAUUGUCAUGAAUAUGACCACAGGCAUGAAGAUGAUGAUUUAGAAGAUGAUACACUGAACCUACGAGAUUUAGGACACCAUCUAGAGCCCAGUGACAUGCUAGGUGAAGGGCAGUGUUGUCCCCGUGAUCUUCCUGACCUGCCUCCUGAUCAUCGGAUUGGUUCUCGGGAUCUGCCUGACUUGCCUAAUGACCUACACUGCUGCUCUCAUGAUCUCCCUGGUGACAGUGACCUCCAUGUGUGUUCAAGAGAGUCCAGAGGAUGUAGGGACAUGCGGGAUCCUAGGAAACGGCGACGUCUGGACUCUCUCCGAGAGGAAGGUGUAGUCAAAGCUGUCAUGGUCCGCACAGUGUCCGACUCUUCAUCAGGAUCGCCUCUUCCAUCAGGUGAGGAUGAACCCAGACGGCUGUUGCCAUUGAUUGAGGAUGGAGUAUUUGAUGAACGGCCAUCUUCACAGGCCUCGCAGGUGUCAGCUAGGACAAUAACUUCCAUGGCUUCUGUUGCAUCCAGCCACGGAACUGGACUUAAUACCACAUCACGGCAGAGAACACAUCGCUCUUCUUCUACAUCAACACUGCCUCGUAGACCCAAGUCACUCAACCUCUCCUUCCAUACAGUGGUCUUUGAGAAGGGCCAUGGCAAGAAGGGGCUUGGAUUCUCUAUUGUUGGAGGAAGGGACUCUCCGAAGGGCAAUAUUGGCAUCUUUGUUAAAACUAUUUUUCCAAGUGGCCAAGCUGUUGAGGAGGGAACACUAAAGGAGGGAGAUGAGAUUUUCGCUGUAAAUGGCGAGAGCCUAGCUGGAGCAAGUCAUGCCGAGGCAAUAGCUAUGUUUAAGGCCAUCCGCAGUGGAAAAGUGGUGCUUCACGUGGGUCGUCGGACUCCUUCAAAGAAAAGAGCACACAAAACUAAAUCAUUUGAUGAUUUAGAUAAGUUUGAAGAGUAAAAAUGCCAGCAGUGAAUCCAUAAGCUGUACAAAGUGAA